AGAGAGAGUGAGGGUGCGUGUCUGUAUGUGUGUACACAGGAAACCUCAUGCGAGUGAAAAGGAAACCGCCGACAAAGAGGGGAGAAGAUACCCUGAACUAACCCUCAGCCACGCUCCACAGUGGAGGUGGACACCAAGCUCGUACAACCCUGGAGAACACAACUUGCAACUCAUCAAGUUCACCGUUGGAGUGAUGUCCUCUUGAGGCGGGAAGCACUAACAGGUUUAUUUGGUGUGGCUGUGUUCUGUUUUUUUCCUUUACAUGACAAUAGGGAGACAGGACUUCCUGGUCUGAUCUGUAUGGGUUCAUAUGAUCUACCAGUCUGUGCCAGAGACGAGUCACCCCAGGGGCUGGUAAUUCUGCUUUGUAGGCCAGUGACGCUGUAGCCGUUGGAAGAAGAAGAAGAAGUAGAAGCAGCCUGUGCAUUCAGCACCUGAGAAGAAGGAACUGCACUGAGGAUUGAAUUGCUGCUCUGAGUUCAGGAGAAUCUGUUUCGGUGCAAAACAAUCGUUCUUGAGGUCCACCACCCUACCUAGUUCACAACCUUCUGACAGGCCUUUAGUAGACGGAAACCACUCUUGGAUCUACUUGGGAGGAGAAGAACCCAAAACAAACAAUCCUCAUCUGGGUUCGGAGAGAAAGGCUUCCCAGGAUAGUCCAGGGUCUUGCCUCGCUGCCCCAUGGAGAGCCCGGUGCCGCCGGACCAGGACGAGGCAUUCGACUUCCUCUUCAAGCUCAUCCUCAUCGGGGACUCGGACGUGGGGAAGACCUGCGUGGUGCAGAGCUUCAAGUCGGGGCUGUUCUCGGAGAAGCAGCAGAACACCAUCGGCGUGGACUUCACCGUGCGCACGCUCGACAUUGACGGCAAGAGGGUCAAGAUGCAGGUUUGGGACACGGCCGGCCAGGAGCGCUUUCGCACCAUCACUCAGAGCUACUACCGUAGUGCCCACGGGGCAAUGAUUGCCUAUGACAUCACCAGGCAGGAAACCUUCGACUCUGUGAGACAUUGGAUCCAGGAGGUGGAGACCUAUGGAGCCACCAACAUAGUCCUGGUUCUUAUAGGCAACAAGUGCGACCUGGAGACCAGUCGGCAGGUUGACUUCGAGAAGGCCUGCUCUCUGGCCACCGAGAAGGGGAUGCUAAUGGCUCUAGAGACCUCAGCCAAGAAAAGACAAAACGUGGACGAUGCCUUCAUGCUGAUGGCCAGGGAACUGCUUUUGCGCAACGGCAUGAGCGUCCAGCAGGGGGUGCCAGCGAGCGAGCCCCGUGGGCUCCUCCGGUCCAACUCUCGCCCGGUGAACGGCACCUACCCUCCGCCGCCACCGGAGAAUAAGUCGUGUUGUUGAAGUGGGGAUACGAAAAAGGACGAUGGAGGCAAUGAAAAAAACAAAAAACAAUGGAUCAAAUGUAUACUGGAAUUUAACAAUUUUUGAAGAAGAAGAAAAAAAAGAGAAAAGACUGGACGAUAUCGAGUGCAAGAAGAGGAAGAACGAGGGGUAUUGUUGAUAAUUAUAGCCCAAGUUGCAUGAAACUUCGAAAACAGCAUCAAGUAUUUUAAACACAGCCUUACACUGAUGUGGAGCUAUUUUUGUAAGCCUAUGCAUUAAUAAAUUGUACCAACUAUG